AUGGCGUCCGCUUCCCCUUCCGCUUCCGCGUCCGACCAGAACAGAGAGUUUUUCAACAACGAGGCCGCGUCGUACGACGCAAAGCACGAGAAGACACUCAGCCAGCUGGUCGAGGAGAUCCGUUCCCGGCUCGACUUUAUCGGGGCGGACUUGGUCAACGACGACGACGAUGAUGACAGUGAUGACGAAGACGGUGAUGGGGCUGUGAACAAAGACGCAGAGGCAGCUCGGGAGAGGGCGGUGCGGCUCUUGGACUAUGCCUGCGGGACCGGUGUUGGGUUGCCACUGGUCAUAGUAUCUAGGGCAUUGGCCCCCUACACAACACAAUGUGUCGGGGUCGACCUUUCGGAGAACAUGGUCGCUGCAUACAACGCGCGAGCUGAGAACCAGGGGCUCACGGCCGACGAAAUGCACGCAUACCAGGGAAACCUCUGUGUGCCCGACGACCCUAGCCCGCCGGCCCUGGCGGGCCCGACCUUCUUCGACUUUGACAUUGCAGCCGUCGGGCUGGGGUUCCACCACUUUGACAACCCGGCGCUCGUUGCGCGCAGGCUCGUCGAGCGCCUCCGGCCCGGCGGCGUCCUCCUAAUCCUCGAUUUCAUGGCCCAUGGCAAAUUGGACUCAACGCAUGCUGCCUCGCACACGGUCAUGCACCACGGCUUCUCCGAGGACCAUAUUCGCCAGCUGUACGAGCAGGCCGGCGCCGGGACCGACUUCAAGCUCGAGCAGGCCGGGAUCGCCUUCAACCGGGCCACCGAGAGCAGGCCCGAGAUGCGCAGGCAGAUCUUUAUCGCGCGCGGUGUCAAGGCUUGA